AUGCUCUCCAUUUCCAGACAGGAGUCAACUGAGAAGGAGAUAGAGCAUAAUAUGAAGGGACAACAAGAACACCUAAACAAGCUGAAAGAGCAAGCAGACCGACUGGAAGAGAAGUUGACCCAAAUACGAAUGUUCACUGAACACUUGUAUAACAAACUGUGCAUGGUGCGUAUCGCAUCGAAACGCGACCGUCCCCAUCCUAGUGCUCGUUCAAAGGAACUAGCGAUCGAACUGUCACCAGUGGAUAUGCUGGAUCGAUGCUUGGACCUCCAAGGACAACUUGAAAAGGAUCUGGAAGAUUAUGACCCUUCAGAAGAAGAGGAAAAAUUGGAAGACGCAAUGAGUGAGAGCAUACAGACGCGGGAAGAAUACCAGCUCAUUGUGGAACGGCGCAUUCCAACUCAUGCAGUGAGAGUCACGGCCACAGACAAGACGAACAAUUAUGUAGAAUUCGAUGACGGUGGACAAGAGGCUGUCACACGUGAAACGAUAAAGCAACGAGCCAUGAUGAUUGUGGAACAUGCGAAGCGCAAAGCACCUAGCGAUGUGCGACGUAAAGGUGGAUAAAAAGAAGAAAUUUUGUUGAAUUUUGUACAAAGUAAACUUGUUUAAACAGGACCUGUUUGUUAA